UGUAACGCCGGAAGUAGCUUUUCUCUCUCAGAUGACAAGUUCCGGUUGGGGAAAUUUGAACGCUGUUACGCAGUCGCGAGGCGAGCUGCUGGUUUAAAGUUCUGCUUAUUUGAUUGAAGGCGCUGUUUAUCAUAUUCAGUUUUACCAGGAGAGUGAGGUGCUCGGGUGCUGAUCACUAGUUUUCCAAACUUCAUGUGGCGAUGGAUCCCGGCACUGUAUCGCUGUUUCAGAGAGUCUCCGAAAAGCUGGGCUGGGACAGAGAUGGUGGUCUCGAUAAAGCUGAAGAGAAGUUGCGGAAGAGCUUGAAGAAGAGCAGACGUCCAGCGCUGGGCAGUUAUGAGUCCAGCACAGAUCCAGCGCACAGACUGCUGCUGUCUGACACUGACGGCUCGGGGAAAGAGAACCAGUCUCAAGAAAAACACGUGCUGUUGACUUCAGAUGAUGAGGACUUUGAUAAAUUUCUUGCUGCAAAGGCUACACCCAAAUCUGCAUUUAAACAGUCUGCAUCAGCUGCCCAGAAACUAAGAGAACCAAUUCCAGUUCUGUCUUCAGAUAGUGAUGAUGAAUUUGAAACAUUUUUAAAUCGAGUGAAAACCCCAAAGGCUAAAGUCCAGUCGCAGUCUGUGAGUAGCAGUGAUGACAGUUUGAAACGCUUCGUAGUGGACAGCAUGUCAUCUGAUGAUGAUUUUGUCAUUGAGAGGAAGCCUUCUGUUCAUAAAGGGAAAGCCAAGACUGCUAGAACUCCUAAAUCAGUUCAGAAGACAGAGAAACCGCCUCCGUCUCUCUGUGAUUCUCCUGUCUUCCUGAGCGACAGUGAUGACGAGGGUGACAUUAUUAUCCAAAGCACCUGGAGGACCAGACACAGCCGCCCACCGUCUGAGGAACAUCACGCCACGAGUACAGGCAGAGAGGAGACUGCAAAGCCUUGUGCUCUCCCCCCAGCAGUCGCAGUGACGACACGCACCGGUCCAGAGGACACAUGCAGCUCUGAGGAGGAGUUCCAGUCCUUAUUGGACCGGGUCAGACAAAAUCAGAGUCUGGGAGGCAGAACACAUGCAAGCCCGAGGCCACCUCCAGAAUCCAAACCUCGACCUCCCUGUUUGUCAACACCAUCUGCUGUGGGUAAGAAAGCUACUAACCAAGUACCGGUUAAAGGAUCACCCACAACCCACACCCCAGUGCAGCAGACGCCCAGCAGCAGGCCAGUGAGCCACACUGAGCCCAGAGCUCCACCCCACAGCAGAGUGGUGGUGUGUAAAACUCCCGGCUGCUUUCUGCAGUCUCUGUCUGUUCCUGGAUCGUCGUACUGCCUCAGCUUCAAACAGAGAAAAGAGGAGCUCACUAACAAACUCUUCCAGCUCUACAACACCAGUGUGUUUGACAGCAAGCUUCCCGCUGACAUGUCUGUCACAUGGAACAAGAAGAUGCGCAAGACGGCAGGAUAUUGCAUCUCAGGCCAGGAGCGAGUCACUGGGAAACGAUACGCCCGCAUCGAGCUGUCUGUCAAAGUUUGCGACUCUGCAGAUCGGUUACGAGAUACGUUAGUCCAUGAAAUGUGUCAUGCUGCCACAUGGCUAAUAAACAACGUUCGUGACGGGCACGGGCCGUUCUGGAGGCUUUAUGCUCGUAAAGCGAUGCUGGCUCAUCCUGAGCUACCGAUGGUUUCCCGCUGCCACAGUUACGACAUCAACUACAAGUUCCAGUAUCAGUGCAACCGCUGCAAGAACACGAUCGGCCGCCACUCUAAGUCCCUGGACACCACAAAGUUUGUGUGUGCUUUGUGCACUGGGCAGCUGGUUUUGUUGACUCCCUCAAAGCCGCGGGCGCCCGCGCCCUUCGCCACCUUCGUGAAGGAGAACUACAGCUCCGCGAGACAGGAACUGGCAGGCCAGAGUCACGCUGAGGUUAUGCGCAAACUCAGCGCCGACUUCGCUGGCAAAACACGCCUCAGUCAGAGCUGAUCUCAGAUCAGACAUUCAUGAGUCACAAAUACCUCAAACCAUCACAAAUGCUGCAUUGGUUUCUGUUCAUAUGCAUUAUCAACUUACUGGCAAUGAAAUAGGUUUUGUGGGCAUGUCAGCCCUCAUUGCUUUUUUUGUUGUUGUUAUACUGUGAUAUGGUUUUAUUUAUGGUUAAAGGCCAUAAAAACCUUAUGAUAUAUGAGCCAUUUUCAUAUGUUUGUUUACUAAAGAUCAACAUCUUGCAGGGAUAUGUUCUUUUUUUAUAUUUGUGUUUGUCGCGUUGGUUAGUUAUAUCAUCUUGUGUUUUAAUUUUUUUUUCCUUCAGAAUAAACAACUGGGUUAUUAAAUUCUUAAUUUUUUCAUUUAAUUUUGUGUUUCUGAAUCUAAAAUACACGACAGAACAUUACAAUAAACUUUUGUGCUGCUUAAUAUAUUUUUGUGGAAUUAAAAUUAGGACUUUUCAAUUAAUUGAAAGCAUUUACAUUUACUGAAGAACAUAAUUUUUAUUUAUAAUAAUGCAUAAGUUUUUACUGUGGCUAUCAUGUCAAACCUAUCCUUGCUGAAUAAAAGUAUUAAUUUGCCCCUAAUGAUAUAUAUCAAGUAAAUGUGAAGACCAGCAUAUACUGUAGUUCAAUUUCACACUUAUAUGUGUAAGUCAAAAUGUUUUAUUUCACCCUGCGUAGGUGAUGUAGGAGGAUUGUUUGUUUGCAUCAUGCAAGUUAAACUCUGGGAACCAAGAGGCAAUAAAACACCAAUCAUCUCAA